AUGACUGAUAAAAAGUAUGCAAUGGCUCUGAAAGAGACGAAAUUGAAUGAAGAGCCAUUGACAGGUGCAAAACAGGGUCCACCAGGGACUGGCAAGACUAGGCUUAUCGGCUUUUGCGUGCUUAAUUGUGUCCAGCAACAGCAGCGGUGGUUACUCACCGCAGAGACGCACUAUGCGGUUCAAGUAUGCGCCGAUCGAAUCUACGCAAAUCUUCAAGCUGUAGAUGGUAACUACAAUGGUAUAUGGCUGAUCGAGCGCGCUGAUCUCGACAGCGCUGCUUUUACUGUCUCUUCUUCCGACUUCCCAGACGACCAAGCGAAGAUUUCGGAGUUGACCCGAACGAAGAUCAUUCAGCGCCUCCGUGGCAUGCGGAGCCCAAACGGUUCUCUCUUACCUCUCACAUCUCAGAUCGCCUCCGACUUUUCCGAGACCAACAAAGAAUGCGAGCCGACGAGGCUGCAAUUCUUAGAGAUCUCAAUGUACCAUAAUUGGCCCUCGACCACUUUAGUUGUGAAGAGGAUGUCGUUCGAUAAGGUGUGGGAAGACACACAAGAGUAUUACAUCAGAACCCAAGCACUUGGUAUUAUUGUCACAGCGGCAACUGCAAUGACAAAGAUGCUCCGCGUCUUCAGACCACAACAAAUCAUAGUCAAUGAAGCGUCGCAGCUUACCGAGUUCGCGACUGUCGCUGUCGUUUCGAGGUUUUUUGAAAAUCUCAGGAAGGUUCUCAUCGUUGGGGAUCCGUGCCAAAAAAAGCCCUUUGUGCUCAACCAGAAUUCCGAGUUCGUGAAUACAACUGAAACAAGUCUCAUGGUCAGGCUCUCAAACUCUGGUGUUCCGAUUACUAGACUCCGCGAACAAUUUCGUAUGCAUCCCCACAUUGCUCAGCCCGUCUCUUCCCUAUCCUACGAGGCAACAUUAAUCAACUCACCGAGCGUGCUUUCGAGACCAAAAGACAGGAUUUGGCAAACCUUCCACGGUCAGACUCUACAAGAAUGUGCCAAGCGACACUCCAUCUUUGUCCACGUCAAGAAUUAUGUGCCGUAUCGGCUCAAGAAGACACAAUCAAUGUUAAAACCCUCGCGCCUGGCCAUCGUACGCGCGCUGAUAGAUCGGUAA